AUAUCAAAAUCAUGUGUUGCAUAUAUAGUUUUAUCAGUAUGCAGGGCAAUUUGGAAUGCAGCAAAAGAUAUUUACAUGCCAAAACCUUCAAGAAAGGAUUGGGAAAGAAUUUCACAAGAUUUCCUGCUUCAUUCAGGGUUUCCCAAUUGUUUUGGUGCCUUGGAUGGAAAACAUAUCUAUAUAAAAUGUCCUCCAAAUAGUGGAUCUCAAUAUUUUUGUUAUAAACAUAGAUUUACUUUAGUUUUGUUAGCCUUAACUGACAUAAAUAGAAAAUUUCUAUAUAUUGAUGUUGGGGCCUAUGGAAAGCAGAGUGAUGGGGGAGUGUUUAAAAUUAGCUCCCUGUAUAGAGAAAUUGUUAACCAGACUCUUGAUCUACCACCUGCCAAACCUUUUCCUGGCCUUAGUGAAAAUAUGCCUUAUGUAAUGGUAGCAGACGACGCGUUUCCACUGUCACAUUAUUUGAUGAAACCCUAUCCUAAAAAAGAACCUAGCAAUUUAACUGGUCAUACUAAUCUAUUAUCCUAUUAUGGGUUAGAAGAAUAUUACAGAAAAAUGACAAGGAAAAAAUUGAUUGACAAGCUUGACGAGUACGAGGAUUUGUUAGGUGAAAAUCUCAAUAUACCCGGAUACGUUGAUAAUAGCUCUUUGAAAUUCCUGAUAGAUCACCCGCCUAUUUGCGGCAAAGAAAUAAGAACCCUAUCUAGCUCAGCCUUUGCGGGUUUUCGGUUAAACCCCGGUACUUUACCCCUUCAAUACCAAACCCUCGCCAAGAAGGCGGCAAACAUAAACAAAUCCACUCACCAAAACUAUUCCGCAUAUUCGUCACAAACCUAUUCCGCUUUGGAUCAUCAACCCUUUGUCAAACUCAUGAGUGGCGAAAAAGAUCCGCUGGGCACACACACAGAUCAAAGCCAUGAACCCGAAUUAUUGCCACAGAGGCGAAAAAUCGAACACAAGGACAGGAAAAAAAUUAAGAAAGCAAAAUUAGAUAAUUGAAUCGUUCAAUAGAAAUCGUAUAUAUAUAAUAUAUAUUAUUGUGCAUUGAUUAUGAUGUUUAUAUCAAAUAGCUUGUGUAAUUUUUCUAUGUAUAAAAUUACAAUUUAUAUUCGCCAAAAUAUUUAUAGUUUGAUUCAAAUUCGCGGUUAUUUAUUUUAAAAAUAUUUUUCAUUAUAAUUCACACACAUAAUAUUUAGAUUUUUCUUAU